UACCAGUAUUGAUGUACACGCCCACUGUACCAUCUCAUACCAGGAACCAUAAGGAGUACCAUGACUUUUGCGAGAACCAGGGACGGUACCAGGAACCGUGUUGAGCCAACACUGGAACUGUUAUCAUCAGGCCAAAAACAUCAGUUCUUGGAGAACUAACGCUGUGAGGACUGUUUGAUUCCGCACAGAACACAGACAGACAAUGGAAUCAAGAACCGAGGACUGAGAUCCCGGUACCAACAGUUCUCUGUGGCACGGUACUACCAGCUCUGGUUCCGCACCAUGUGACGGUAACAUUGGUGACGGAUGGAAAGGAAGAACCGAUCUGACCCUGGACCACUCUGACUCUUCUCUGGAUUUUCGUAGUUUUUUUUUUCCCCCAGUUGUGUUAGUAGAAGUGGAUCAGCUGAUCAGGUCACCUGAUCAGGUCAGCUGAUCAGGUCAGCUGACCACUGUAGAGGUGAGCCUUGUUUUGUUUUGUUCAUCCGUGAAAGUAAACAUGAAGUUUGUGAUUAAUAUAAAUAUGAAGUUUGAAAACUGAUGUUUUUGUCUUUGUUAAAGUAAACUUUUUUUUUUUCUUGGACUUUUCUUCCCAACAAAUACUUGAAUUUCUUAAAGGAACAUUAGAGGUAAGGUAAAGUAGUGACUGAUGGAAAAUAAACAAACACUGGAUCAAACUCUCUCUCUGUUUCUGAUUUCUCCUGGACUUCACUCUGACAGUAAACUACCAUGGUUUUAUUUUUCAUUUAUUUAUGGCUAACUUCUUAGAACUAUUUUGUCAAUAUUUCACCGUGUGGUUUGAGACUUUUUUUUUCCCCUGAGGGUCAGAGGAAACCACACCCACAUAUGGAGCAGGUGGGAGACUCCGCCCACUUGAUCCUCUUCACCUUAAGCUGCAGCUGAUCCUCCUACUGUGUAUGUGUGUGUGUGUGUGUGUAUGGAUUUCCAAACUCCAUAUAUACACACACACAUACCCAGUCUGGAGCCAUGUGGCUCGUCCUCCUCAAUGCUGGCUCCAUCUUUUUCUUUGGACUUUUCCUUUUUUUUAAGUGGACACUCAGCUGCAUGAUGGGAUGGAGUGGAGGCGACGCUGAGGUCCUAUCUGCACGGUAAGAACACACACACACACACACACACACACACACUACACCAAACCUCACAGAGAAAACCUGCGAUUUCAGCUCAGACAGGAACUACUGCCUCCUGUGGUCAGUUUGUGUCACUGAGGUUAAUCUCAACAAAAGAUUUCAUGAAGUCUCUGAGCUAAAAUCACUGAGUUUCUCUAUGAGGUUUGGUGUGGGAGACAGAGCAGAUCAUACCAUUUAAAUAUCUGUGUGUGUGUGUGUGUGUGUGUGUGUCAGUCUGGUGUCCUCUCUUCAGGCCGUCAUGGCGUCCUCCGCUGGAUUCAUCGUCACCUCCUCCUGCAGUGAUGUGAUGAAGGACAGACACUGGCUGACCGACUCCUACGUCCUGUUUGCCACGCCCUACUUUGCCUACGACAUCUACGCCAUGUACCGGUGUCACCGCCACAAGUUGCGUGUGAAAGGACACGAGGAGGAAGAGGAGGCGUGGCCUGUGGUACUGCUGGGUUUCCUGCGUCGAGAGCGCCUCCUUGUGCUGCAUCAUAUCUUCAUGGUUGGCGUUUGUUGCCCCGCGUCACUGCUGUGGCGGCAGGGCACCGGUGAUUAUUUCCAGGGUGUUUUAUUUCUUGCUGAGCUCAGCACGCCAUCUGUUUGUCUGAGUAAAGUUCUGAUUCAGUUUAACAAACAGAAGUCACUGCUUCACAAAGUCAAUGGACUUGUCCUGAUGGUCACCUUCUUCUGCUGCAGAGUUCUGCUUUUCCCUUAUCUGUACUACAGCUACAGCAGAUACGUCUCCGUGUCGCUGCUCACCGUCCCCCUGCUGGUGCCGUGGCAGUGUAACCUCGGGGCAGCUGUGCUCUGGUCUCUGCAGUUGUACUGGUUCUCGUUGAUACUGCGGGGGGCGCUGCGCCUCCUCACCACAGCCUCGCUAUACGUCUCCGUGUCGCUGCUCACCGUCCCCCUGCUGGUGCCGUGGCAGUGUAACCUCGGGGCAGCUGUGCUCUGGUCUCUGCAGUUGUACUGGUUCUCGUUGAUACUGCGGGGGGCGCUGCGCCUCCUCACCACAGCCUCACACGCUUCCUCUCACGAAUACGUCUCCGUGUCGCUGCUCACCGUCCCCCUGCUGGUGCCGUGGCAGUGUAACCUCGGGGCAGCUGUGCUCUGGUCUCUGCAGUUGUACUGGUUCUCGUUGAUACUGCGGGGGGCGCUGCGCCUCCUCACCACAGCCUCACACGCUUCCUCUCACGAGUAG